CCAUCAGUCGAGUUCCUGCAGUCCGGGUCGUUGGUGAAGUUCCCGACAUGAAGUCAAAAGCCAUUCCGCAGCUGUGCAUCCUGGUGCUGGCACUUGGGGGGAAAUUUGUCCUGUCCGAGGAUGAGGACCUCAUAUGUCGGGUCCAGGACGCGUACGAGAUAUGUCACAAGAAAGGAGUCCUCGUAAAAGUGACCCAAAGACGCAACCAGGACGCCCUGGAGAUCAGCGACCUGGACCUGCUGUCCAUCAAGCCCGGAGCCUUCCAGGACCUAACCACGACCCAUCUCUACCUAAACCAGGGGAACCUGAUCUCAUCCCUGUCCCCAGGAUCCUUCGGUGGUCUGCCAAAAUUGACAAACCUACACCUGGACGGCAAUCCAACGACUCUGGUGCCCAACCUCUUCCAGAAAGUCCCCGGCUUGACUUCUUUGUCUCUGGUCUUCUGCUCCAUCAACGACGUCCCACCUGGAUCCUUCUCCGGCCUGAAAUCCCUCACCUGGCUGUAUCUAAACCACAACAACAUCAAGAGGAUCAAAGCUGACGCCUUUUCUGGGAUUAAUCCUGAUCUCCCUUAUCUCUGGCUCGACCACAAUAAAAUAGAGACCAUCGACCAAAGCGCCUUCGCUGGUCGCGUCGGACUCAAUCGGCUGCAUCUGGACUUCAAUCAGCUGACUACCAUUCCUGACAAUUGUUUCAAUGGACUGGACCAACUGGAGUUCCUGUACCUUAAUGACAAUCACCUGAAGGCUCUUUCGAAAGGUGCCCUGAGUGGAUUGGGGGGAUUGAAGAAGCUCAUGCUGAACAAUAACCAGAUCACCAGCAUCGAACCUGGCGCUUUUCAGGGAAUGGCCCAGUUGAAGUUCCUCCACCUGGAUGGGAACAAAUUGGCGCGUUUGGAUAACGUCUUUGCAGGACUGACAAGCCUGGCUGAGCUUAGAUUGUCGAAUAAUGAGAUCGGGCAGGUGCAGGAUCGAGUUUUUCAGGAGAUGGGAGCUUUGCGUUCGGUGUAUCUCGAUGGGAACAACGUGACUAAAAUCGAUGGUAAAAGUGCAGGGUUGUCGACUCUGGCCAAGGUAUACUUUGCACCGUAAAACUAACUUGUGUUCAUGGUGUUGUUCUAAAAGUACACCGCGAGGCCACCGUAAAUUCGAAAAAUGUGGUAUUUGAACUCGGGGGCUGUUUCAAUUUAAAUUUGUAUUUAAUAAAUGCUAUCGAAGGGA